CUCACUCAAUCCGUUGUUGCUGCAGCUUGCGAAUGAGAGCUUGACAAUCACUUCCACGUAGUCCCAUCCAAAAAGCUUUUGCCUCUGCCUCUUCUGCCCCACACAUCCUUCGAGCGAAACCCAGGCGAAAAUUUCCCCUCCAAUCCCUGAUCACGCCUCACAGACCAAUUCCCACUGGUUUUCAAAAGACCCGAAGUGGUCUUGAGCUUAAAGAAACCACCAGGUGGUCUACUCCACCCUUGGUCAAUCUGAUUCCCCUCAGGGUCGGAGCUGGAAAUCCAACUACAGAUGAGAGGAAGUUGUUUCGUAGCCCCUCCUCUACUGAAACCAUGGUGCUGCUGCCUCGUCUUAUUCCUUACCCCAUUUGCAGCAGCUCAGUCCAUCCACGCAGAGGCUUACCGAAAUGAACUUCUUAGCCUAGCCAAAGAGCAGAAGGAGUGGUUGGUGUCGGUCCGGAGGCAAAUCCACGAGAACCCAGAACUCCGAUUCGAAGAACACAACACCAGUGCCCUGAUUCGCAGGGAACUCGACGCACUUGGCAUACGUUACGCUUACCCAGUUGCCAAAACUGGAGUUGUUGCGGAAAUCGGCUCUGGUUCGCCCCCUGUUGUGGCUCUUCGUGCCGAUAUGGACGCCCUUCCUUUGCAAGAGCUGGUUGAGUGGGAGCACAAGAGCAAGAUCGAUGGGAAAAUGCAUGGCUGCGGCCACGAUGCCCAUACCACGAUGCUACUAGGUGCUGCCAAGUUGCUUAAUCAACGGAAGCAUCUGCUCAAGGGAACUGUGAGACUUCUUUUCCAACCUGCUGAGGAGGGAGGGGCUGGUGCAUUGCAUAUGAUACAAGAGGGGGCCCUUGGUGAUGCUGGAGCCAUUUUUGGAAUGCAUAUCGACUGUGAAACGCCUACUGGAAUGAUUAAUUCCCUUCCAGGAUCCAUCUUAGCUGCUGUUUCCUUCUUUGAAGUUAAGAUAGACGGUAAAGGUGGUCAUGCAGCAGACCCUCACACUAAUAUAGACCCUAUAGUUGCAACAUCCUUCACAAUUCUGGCACUGCAACAACUCAUAUCAAGAGAAGCUGACCCCCUUGGUAGUCAAGUGCUCUCUGUUACUUAUGUCAGAGGUGGGGAUGCCUUGAACGUGAUUCCUCCAUAUGUUGUGUUUGGAGGCACCUUGAGGAGUCUUUCCACCGAAGGCUUGCAUCGACUCAAAACUAGGCUGAAAGAGGUGGUUGAAGGGCAAGCUCGGGUUCACAGAUGCAAAGCACACAUCGACAUGAAAUAUGAGGAUUACCCACCAUAUCCAGCAGUAGUGAAUGAUGAGAGGCUGAACGAGCACGUGCAGAGGGUAGGCAAGCUUCUUCUUGGUGCGGAAAAUGUUAAGAUUGGUAAGAAAGUGCUGGCAGGUGAGGACUUUGCCUUUUACCAAGAACUCAUUCCAGGAGUGAUGCUCAGCAUAGGCAUCAGAAAUGAGCAACUGGGUUCAGUUCACUCCCCACACUCUCCCCACUUCUUUCUCGAUGAGGAUGUUCUCCCGAUUGGGGCCGCUUUGCAUACAGCUCUCGCUGAGACGUACCUCGAUGGACGAUCAUCAUGUAUGCAGUAAUCAUCAGUGCUAAAACAUACAUUACUAUGAUAAUCCCGCAGCAGCAGCAGCAGCGCUAAAACACCUAUACUUUUGCGUGGCCUGCUGGACUACCAGUUUGAUGUAAGAAGAAAAUGUAUCUUUCCUCCAGUGUACAAAACAGUGUAAAUCAUGCAGUUUGAUAUAUUGACUUCUUUUUCGUGUUGCUUUAUGGAAAUGGCUAUGAGGGCUCAUGAGUUGUUAGUCCAUUUUACUUUCAAUUUUGACGCACGCAAAGGAAACUUAGAGAUUAGAGCUGGGUUUUUUUCUUCUUCUUCCAGACGGCCUUGAUAGGAAAAUUGUAAAAACUAUGGACCUAGACGUUGCCGUCUAAACUCUAAAGCGUCUAGAGAUAGAAGGAUAGAUUUAGGUCGUAAUGAUAGAUUUAGGAAUUGAGAAUUGUUAUGUAGAUCAUUUGGAUGCAACCUUUUGAAUAUGUGGUCCCAUGGUGAUUAGCAAGCACAACACUCAUGUGCGACAUUUCAACUUCGGACCUAUCAGCAUUUUAAAUCAAAGUGUUGUAUUAUU